GUGACUGACUCGGAGAAGAUGGAACGUCAAUGUAUUUACAAAAAUGGCUUUUGCUGCGCGGAAUUUCUAUAACAGCGACAGAUGAUCUGAUUGCAUAGGAGCACAGGUCUAAUUGACUGUUAUAGUGUCGGUCUAUUAGGGCAGUAUGCAACUAUAUCAUAUCAGAAAGUUGAUACUAUCUAUCUUCACCGCUAUUCCGCGAACGCAUAUAUUAAUCCUUAUAUAGUGAAUCUAGCAAGCCCCCUCCCUCUCGAGUUCCUCAGUACAAAACAUCAUGUCAUCCAUUUCUAGUCCAGAAAUUCGACACGAUCAGCCUCAGCCCACUUGCGGCAUGGACCCGAUGAGUCCUCCUGCUCAAGGGGCAAACAAUUAUCAUUACCCUGAAGGCAAGAAUGACUGGAAGCAUGCAUUAUUCAGCUGUUUCAACCACUGUGGGACGUGUUUGUCUUUCCCCUUUACCUCUUGGAUCGUACUCGAGGGAGAAUUAUACAGGUUGCGCUGACCCUGAACACGGUGGUUCGGGAUGUGGUGGACAUUGUUGCCUUCACUUUGGCCUGAAGGCGCUAUGCGGGCUCAGUUGGAUUUUACAGGCAGUAGUAUUAGAGUUAUAGCACUGUUUCGGGUCCGUCUGUUGAAGUCGAGGGAACUUCGAAUGCGACUUAAUGGGAUCGCGCCAGCGAUAUAGUCAUAUUGGGCCACGUAUGCACUUGAUAGAGGAGACUAUCGCCGAUUCGGAAUCCGU